AUGGAUGAGGACACACUCCUAAUUACAAAAAGGGAAGGCUCAACCUUGACCUUAGAUUUAGGUUUAUUCGAAAAAGAUAGUUACAAAUUUUGGACCCUAACUGCGAUAUUGCUCCUUGCAUUUUGGUCCAUGUUUACUGGAACUGUCUCGUUCCGUUGGUCUAGUAUGCUCAAUACUUUCUCCCAUGACCUUCACGAAACACUCCUUGACCACCUCAACAUCCUCGAAAUAGAAGAGAGAGAAAAUAUGGUAUGUCACGUGUGGGAUGUGUACAACAAUAAUCACAGGAUCAAGUUGUCGUGGUUCUGGCAACAAGCCUUUAAGGUUGCCUAUGAGGAUUUAACAAGUGACAUGGUGGAGGUUAGAGAUGAUGCCAUCACUAAGAUUGCUAACAUGUCUCUACGCUCCUUUGAUCUUCAAUUGCUUACUACUACACGAGAACAAGAACUUAGUAAAAGCCUUGAACAAGUUGAGAAAGACAAGGAAGCAACCUUUGAACAUGCUUAG